AUGUUUAUCUCAAUUGCAGUCGCUACUUUAUUCACAGUAUGCUAUAUGAUAUUCCUUCGCCGGCAACUGCCGCAGCAAUCCUGCCGACUACCCCCGGGCCCCCCAACGCUUCCUAUCCUGGGCAACCUGCAUCAAAUUCCGAAGGAACACUUAUGGCGCACGGUGAAACAUUGGCACGACCAGUACGGCCCCAUUAUCUGCGCCCGGUUCGGGAGUCUGAAAAUGAUUCUGUUGGGCUCCUACGAAGUGACGCAUGACUUGCUUGAGAAGCGCGGGACCAACUAUAGCUCACGGCCGAAGUUCCUGGCUGAUCGAGUCAGCAACGGCCUCCUUCCAACCUUCCUGCCCUUUAAGGAGAAAUGGAAGGCCCACCAUCGCUUGCAUACCUCCUUGCUGACGAUCCAGGCGAGCAAGCACUAUCAGGUAGUACAGGAUGUCGAAAGCAAGCAGAUGAUUUAUGAGCUGCUGAGCAGCGCGGACUUUUCCGCCCAGUUCCAGCGGUAUGCGUCCAGCCAGAUCUUUUCUCUCGCAUAUGGCAAACGCAUGCCCCGCGGUGACGAGCCGGAAGUCCGUGAACUAGAAGACGUCAUGAAUGGCAUCUUGCAGAGUAUCAGUCUGGGUGAGGAAGUCUUCCCUAUCUUGAAGUGGCUGCCGGACCGGCUGGCACCGUGGAGACGUCAGGCGGACCAUUUACCCAAGAGACAAACCGAGAUCUUUAGCCGAAAUAUGCAGCUGGCUUCCGAGUCUGUCUCGUGGAAUUGGGCCAAGGCGGCGAAACGCCUCAACCGAGCCCUGGGGUUAAGUGAGCCGGAGCUGUGGUACAACGUUGGCGCACUCUAUGAGGCUGGCACGGAUAGUACGGCGAUCGUGCUCGAGGUCUUCGUCAUGGCCUGUGUGUUGCAUCCGGGUGUUGUGCGGCGGGCCCAUGAAGAGCUGGAUUCCGUGGUUGGCAUGCGUAUGCCCACCUUCGAGGAUCUCCCGAGGCUACCAUAUGUUCGGGCCAUUGUGAGUGAGGUGUUUCGCUGGCGACACCCCAGCCCCGGGGGCCUGCAUCACGCGGCCGACGAGGAUGAUAUCUACCGCGGAUUCCUGAUCCCCAAAGGUAUCGCCGUGGUGGCCAAUCAUUUCUCUCUGGACACCGAUGAGAGCAUUUUUGAGCGCCCGUUUGACUUCGAUCCUGAUCGGUGGAUUCAGAACCCACGCCUUCCUGUCAGUGCCUUUGGGUUCGGUCGUCGAUCUUGCCCGGGCUUGUAUGUAGGACAGAACUCCGUAUCCAUUGCCAUUGCACGGCUUCUAUGGGCGUACGACAUUGGCCAUGCCUAUGAGGGUGGCCGAAGGCUCGAGGUUGACUCUUGGAAUCUGACUCAGGGUAUUGGUGUCCGACCCAGUCCCUUUAAGGCAUCAUUUCACAUCAGGGGUGAAAAGCGACAUGAGAUCAUCAUCCAGGCUUGGGAGCAGGCGGAGAAAGACAUUGAUACCUUGCUGGAAUGGGCGAGUUAUAGGGCACCCAUUGUGGAUUCUUGA